ACUAGCCUGUAGGUAUAAAAGUAAGUAUGUUUUGGGAGGAAAGCAACUCAAAUAUUCACUUACUGGGUAUAAAUACGCUCUUGAUCCAAAUUUCUCCAUUUUAUGUUUCUCCAAUCUUUGUAAAAAGACACUCCACAGCAUGAGUUUGAAAAUUGAAUUUGGUUCCAAAAUAUGUUCCAGUAAAUAUCAAUAUUGUACAUUUCUAUACCGUUAAUUAAUACACCUUCUGUCUCUAGAGUUAAGUCCUGACUCAAUUGUAAACUUAGCAAAAGCUUUAAUAUAUCAAACACUAAAGCUUCGAUUGCAAGAAACAGCCAACAUUUUGAAGAGAAGCUAAUAGCGUUGCUGAACGGAGACACGAAGGUGCGCUUCGCACGAAGCAUUCCAAAAAUUUGAACAGUCAGAUUGUGAAAGCUGAUUAGUUGCAACAUAAUCAGCAUUCCAUCAUUUUCUAAUAACCGCAACUUUUUUUUCGUUGUUCGCAAUUCAUGCUUGAUGAAUUCUUCCCAGCCAAUUCUUAUUAUUCCGAGACAUAUCGAAAUCAGAUGAAACAACACUGCUAAGUUCAACAGACUUGCCAUUUGGAAGACAAGUAAAAACUGUUUAGUGUUACUUGGCAACAUGCAACUAGGUAGCAACCGACUUUGUUACUUUUCACAGCAACUAUUUCAAGCCAAACCGUGCUGGUAAUCAGACGUACUUCUACAACGAUGGCAGAAACCAACCGCGAUCAAAUGGCUGACAAUGCUAGUGAAAUAUCUAGCUUUUCCGAUUCCAGUGAUGAAGCAAAAAAAGAAGUUGAGAUAGUGGAGGAAGCAAUUGAGGAGACUGAUAAGCCAGUUUACACCGAGGAAGAUUUGGAAACAUUAAUUGGAUUUAUUCGGAACAUGAUUUUUCUGUUUGAUUACGAUGAAGACGAUUUUAGUGAAGAGGUGGUUGAAGUUAUCAAACUGUGGCUUACCGAUGCAAAUUGCCCUCUUUUAUUUAUAUUUUACGAUGGAGACAUUUUGACGGCAUCGCUAGGAUUCCCAUUGUGCCCUUUCAAUGAUCUCAUGUACUUUAUGAGGGAACCUGAUCAAUUGUUUAAUGUUAUUCGUUUUCACGACGAUAUUAUGUUCGGAACAUUGCAGAGCGAUAUCGAAGGAUCGUUGUUAGUCAUUUUGGAGCAAGUCUAUGGACCACUGAUCUUAUCUACAGAGUUGUCGGAAAACGUUAAAGCAAACGUACUCAGCGGAUACAACACCUUCAUGACUUAUUUAACUGAGUUGCAUUACAAAUUGUCAGGAUUUACACUUUUGUACGUUCCUCGAGAAGGAAAUGAUAUGGACGUUCAGGAAGUUGUUUUGAAUCGCUCGAUGAUCAAACGAUUGGAAUCAGUUGUGAUUGACUGGACCAGUCAAAUUCGUUCUACACUCAGCGAUACUCAACAUUUUGUUCCAGACAAUCUCAUUUGCCCUGCUGAUGAAUACAGUUUUUGGCUUUACCGGCAUGAGGUGCUAUCUGCAAUAAAAACUCAAUUUGAAAACCCAAAUGUAGAGCAUAUUCUACAGGUUCUGAACUUGGCACAGUCAUUGUACACGAAGCCACUUCGAGAAGUUUUGUCGGACCUGAAAAAAGAAAUCGAAGUGGCCGAAUCAAACAUACCGUUUCUAAAGCUUCUCGUUGAUCCAUGUUUUGCUAUACGAACCCUUAACGAUGAAGAAGAUUUGUGCUCUCAGCUUAUUUAUGUGAUGCAUAUCAUCAGAUUCAUAGGAGUUGAUUCGUCCCAUUUGCACCGAGACGAAUGCAUCACCAAACUAUUCCUGUACCUAAGCAAUGAAAUUGUGUCGUGCUGUGUACAAAGUAUUGAUAUUAACAAAAUUUUAAUGGGUUCUCCAUGCUAUGGAAUAGAAAUUUGUAAUCUCAAAAUCAACUGCUGUGAAUCAUACAAAAUUAUCUAUGAAGAAAUGCUGGAGCAUUUUAAAAGAGAUUAUGCGUGGAAUCUAGACUAUGCCACUAUUUUUAACCAGAUAAAUGCAUUUAUUCAGCGUUUGUGUGACAUUUUAGAGAUUUGCGAGGCUAUGCUGAUCUUUGGAAGAUACAGUGGCAGUAGUUCUUACAAAAAUUUCCGUUUUCCGUGUAAUAAUGCUCAGGAGUACGAGCAGAAAUGUGACCAAGUGAUGACAAUAUUCACGAAAGGAAUCGAAAGCAUUCAAUCUUCAGCUAGUGCUAUAUUAGACAUCAACAACAAAUAUUGGUACAAAACGAUUGCAGAGUUUCGAGAUAUGCUGAGAAACUUGGAUGACGUAAUUGAAAAUCUGCUGUCAAAUAUUUUUUUGGUUGCGGAAAACCUAGAAGAAAAAAUUGAUGUCCUUGUGGCGCUUCUCAACUUUUUCAAUCGCGACAGCAUAAAAGAAAGUUACAUGCGUAAAAUUGCAGAAAUUUGGAAAAUAUUCCAUACUGAACUAACGUCAAUUUCAAAGGAGGUCUCUUCAGGAAUUAACAUCCAUCCAACAUUACUACCAACAAAAUCGGGACAAUACACAAUGUUGAAAAUCAAAUUUGAACGGCUUUGCCGGCUCAGAAAUCUUCUGGAAAGAUGCAGAUUUUUUCCCACAUACAAUGAAAGCGAAGAAACGUUGUCCUUGUUUGAAUCAUGUGAAAAGCAAGUGAAAUUAUCCUUGAAAAAGUUCAACGAUUCAUGGACCAAAGCCUUGAGCCCCGAUUUUGGAGCAUGGUUCCAUAGAAAUCUUAUCUGUCGGAGUCAAAUUCGCCCUGGUUUAUUGGAAUGCCACAUCGAGAGGGAAAUGCUGAACAUAUUCAACGAAGCUCACUUUUUUAAAGUCUUGGGAGCAGCCACCCCGAGUAUCAUAGAUUUGGAAAAAAAUGACACCACGAAACAAACAUUUGACAGUGUCAUUCGGGUGGUUUUGUACUUCAAUAGUGUUGUUUCUUCAAUUUCUGAAAAGGAAAGACUAUUUUUCAAACCCAUGAUACAACAAACGGAAAGAAAACUCGAACCGCUCAGAAGCAAGCUAACUUGGGAAGAAGAUUUGAACGAAUACAUUGAUACUUUUGUCAUGAAUGUCAAAGAGUUAUUGGAUAUCAUUCAAAUAUAUAAGCGCGAAAAUUUCAAAAUUUCUCGAUCCAUGGAAACCAUUUACAACCUUGAGUUGUUCAAAUUGAACAAGUCACAAAAUCAGCAGUUGAACGAUAUGUUCAAAAACAUAAGCGAACAGAAAAAACAUUCACUUUCGCAACUCGUUGGCGUUUAUACGGACAUCAGUAAAAAUAUAUUUAUUAUUUAUGACCAUCUUGGAUCGAAUCUUCGAAGAAUGGGUGAAAGCUGGAUUCAAUACGUUCGGAAGAUUGAUCAUUUGCUGAAAGCUGCAGUUUACAAUUCGUCCCUAAUAACACUCAAAAACAUAGAAAAGGCAUUAACGGAGUCACAUCAUCCCAUUUUGAGCAUCGAAAUUGUGCUGGACAGAAAAGGUGUUGUAUACCAACCCACUCUCGCACAUGUGGAAGUUAUGCUAAAGCGUUUAACAACAGAAGUUACAACCACCAUUAAAAUUAUUCCUACAUUGUGUCAAAAGUUUCAAAUAAAUGCCGGAGAAAAUAUUUACGACGCCUUUUUGAACGACGAGCAAUAUAUUAAUGAAGAACGUAAAAUAAAGACUGCAAUUAUCACUACUAUUGAAAAUCUUGUGGCAUUUAAGGAAAAAUGGAAUGUAUUUAGACCAUUUUGGAGUGUAAAUCGAACGUCAUUCAUUGAGAAGUUUAAACUUGCGAGCAUGACAUCUGACGCCUUCCAAAAAAAUAUAGAAAAAUUUGACGAACUUUUAAAUCAACUAACAACUCAAAACGAGCUUACCACAUGUGAGUGCGUACAUGUUGAUGCACAAAAACUGAAAUACGCCAUCACAAAUCACAUUCAUGAUUGGCAGCUUAAAUAUAUUGAAUAUCUAAAAUGCGUAUCCUAUGGACUGAUAAUCGAUUUUAAUAAUAAACUCAAUCAAAACAUGCAAUCCAUGAGUAUCGUACCAAAGGAAGUUGAAGAAUUGAAAGAAUUAGAGGCAACAUUCAAUAAUUGUUUCGACGACAUACCCUGUAUGAUGCUGACAAUUGAGAACAUUGUAAGAUAUUUCGACGUCCUUGAAAAAUACGUUUCAGAUAUACUGCCCGAAGCCCUAAACUUGAGAAAAAAAAUUCAUGAGAUCUGGAAGCAAUACAUGGCAUACGUGAAUAGGAUUAAAGAAAAGAUUGCUGACUAUCAAACCCAGUUUAAACUCUCAAUAACAAAUGAGGCGGCUUGUUUGAAAGUUAAUGCUCUAGAGAUGCUGAAAAUGCUGGACACAGAAAUGCCUAUCGAUGAUGAUAUGUAAAAUAAACGAGUCUAUAAAUAACAAGA